AUGGUGUACUACUUCUCGUCCAACACGGUGUCGCCGUCAGCCUUUAUCUACGUCGGCAAAGACAAGGUUGAGAACGAAGAGCUUAUCAAAUACGGCUGGGACGAAGAUGUCUGGUUUCACGCCGACAACCUCUCUUCGGCUCAUAUCUACGUCCGGUUACCCGAGGGCGAAGAUUGGGAAAACAUGAGCAAAGAGUUGCUGGUGGACUGCGCGCAACUAACCAAGGCGAACAGUAUUGAGGGCAACAAAAAAGACAACGUUACGAUUGUGUAUACGCCUUGGAGCAACCUGAAGAAAGAUGGGAGUAUGGCUGUAGGUCAAGUUGGGUUCAAGGAUCAGCGAAAGGUGAAGCGCAUACAUGUGGAGCAGCGAGAAAAUCCUAUUGUCAACCGUCUUAACAAAACAAAAGUUGAGAAGUACCCCGACCUAAGAGAGGAGCGAGAAGCAAGGCGGGCGGAGUUGAGGAAGCGAGAUCAGAGUGCUCUGCAAGCCAAGCGCAAAGAAGAGGCCCGUAUAGCCAAGGAGCGCAAGGAGCUUGCGUGGCGGAGAGAUCAUGCCUACGACGAUGUCAUGACAGAGGAGAGUCUGGAGCAAAACUCCAACGAGAACCGCGAUGAGAACUUCCUCGAUGACUUCAUGUGA